AAUAGAUCAUUCUCAUCUAAAGCUCGUACUCGGUGUGCUACAAAGAAAGCAAAGUAACAAUCGAGCACAGUUGUAAGGUUUGAAAUACAAUACCAGAUGGGAUCGCAGCCUCAUAAACGUGUGCACAAGGCAUCGAAUCACUAUAUCAACCCACCUCAUUCACUUGGCACUACAAUGCACUGCUACAUCUCUAGAUACAGUGUAUUUUGUAACUACAGGGUGUGGCAAAAGUUUUUGCACUGAAAUAAGGACCCAUAACUAUGGUUGCAAUGCAUUGCAACAAAAAAAAAAAAAAAAGACUAUGUUAAUGUUAUGUGUCCUGUUCUACAUUACAAAUCCAAAUAUGCUUUCAGAAGAGUCCACAUUUUGUGCAAAUGCAAGCUUCAAGUCGUUCCGGAAAUGCAUAGAUGGCAGCACAUGGAUGUAGUCUUCAUAUAAUUUACUCCAUGCUUUUUCCAACAUCCAAUGAAGAGAAGCCAAAUUGUGGUGAAGAGUAGAUAGGGCUCUGCUAUUUUACACAUACACAAUCGAAAAGUCAGGGUGGUUUAGAUCUGGGCUGUUUAAGGGCCAUACUAACGUCAAAAUGAAAUCGGCGAAGUUCUUUGUGCACCAUCGUUGCACGAUCUUCGCCUUGUGAAACAGGGCAGAAUCCCACUGAUACGUUCACUGACAGUUUCCGAAAUAUGAUCUGGCCCAAGGCAGUAUCUCCUCCUUCAGGACAACUUCCAGAUAGUUUCUUCCAUUUACUCUCGCUCCUUUCUCCAAAAAAACUAGUGGCCUCUUUCCAUCAGAAGCGAUUGUCCUAGAAUUUAUCACAGAUUGAUGACGGGAAAAUCUUAAGGCAAUUCUUCCGCUGACACUGGCUUCUUUGAGGCUCUUUGGUAACACCCUAUCAUUUUGAUGGUUUAAUCAAAAAGACAAGCAUUAUCGAGAUUGCUCGAUAUUGAAUAGUGCCUUGUCUGUCAAGAGAAUGCUGUGAUGGCAUGCCGUGCUGACGAAGCAUUUGAGCAGCUCCUUGCAUCUUCCAACUGUGGUUUCUUUCACCUGCUCUGUGACUCUACGAGCUUCCUGAACCUUGUAGGGCAACUUGUGGAAGUUCGCUUUCACGAUUCUUCAGACGGAAUGUUCGGAAAUUUCUUUGGUUUGGGCCAUUUGGCUUUCUGACAUCUGAAUCUUGAAGAGCGCGAGAACUUUUGCCGCACCCAGAUAAGUAUUAAGGAGCUUUUCCCUCAAGAACAUAAAUAAAUUAGGAGGGAGCAAUACAACUGGACCAUAGAAAUGUAUCCUUCUACGUAAUGUGAGCAAGAACGGAGCAGCGGCAAGCCUGCAGUAAUUUCUUUUGUUAUUUUUUAAGUAGUAAUGAGUGGGGUGAAAAGCGCACGUCUUUGUAUGAGAGAUGAAACUGGCAGCUAGCAUCAGGCUUGGUGUAAGGUGACCCGUGACAUUAGUUUAUUACUUUUGAAGGAAGAUUUUGCGCUUACUGGUAUUUUGUUUUCUACUUGUGAUGACAUCUUUCAACGGAAGCACUGUAACGCCGUCGGCUGACCAAAACUAGAACCGAAACUAAAGACCCUGCCGAAUCAGAAGUUACAUGUAGUCAAAUACGGCGCGGUGACCGAUUAUGUUGCCAACGUUGCAAAAAGGUAGUAUUUUUAAAAUUUUAGAUAUCGUUGGUUCUCUUUUCUUCAUUUUAUGUCUUAUUUUUAUAUUUACUUUUAUAUUUCGCUGGUUCUUUAUUCUAUUACCCACGUUUAACUUUUAUUCUGUGGGUUUCACAUGGACGCUGUUGGACGUACGGUGCGUUCUGUGGUACGGUAGCGCGUGUUUUGACAGCAUUCGCGGGCUGCCGUGCCAUGUUGCCGCAGAAUCCCGACGAACAAGAAUCCACAUUGAUUUUGCGUCACUGUUUUUUCACUGCUUUGCUCCCACGUCUUCAAAAUGGCGUCGAACUUCUCAAAAGCACUGACGUGCCCCACGAUAUCACCUUGAAUUUCAUUCAGAAUGUGGGCUGUGCUCGUUUCAAGCUCCUUAGUCAUGCAUUGAUGUUAAAACCUGAGCACAUCAUCUGAGAACACAGUGACCUGAAAGACAUUGUGACGGGCAAGGACCAAGAAGAACCAAGCCUGCAAAAACAUGUAUGCUACAGUGAACUGCACACGUGGCCCGGGAAUGCACAGCUGCACUAAGAAAGCUUUCACUCACUGCACCAACCUCUCUGAGGAAGUGUAUAGCCAAGAAAUAGACACCAAGGAGCAAGCUGAUGAAGUAUGUGGAUUCCAAGAGCUAAAGGACAUAUCAUCGAAUUUGUGUCGCGGCGUUGACCAGAAACUGCCAGUAAAUGUUGCCUGCGGCCACGAAGUGCCAGACACUGAAAAAUGUGUAAAGCAACAUCCUGGUAAACGAUGGCAUGUCUGUCGCUUGUGUUUAAAGAUGUUUGCUAACAACGACAGCCUGCAGUGCCAUUAUCGUACUCAGUGCAAACAUUUCCACAGCGAAGUUUUUCCCAAAGCGUUCCCCGACGGCACAGGCCUCACUGAACACAGCACAGCACAAGUCUCAGCCAAUAGUGAAAUGUUCAUUUGCACCCGAUGUUCCAGGAGCUUCUCCACCAAGGACAAUUUUGAUCGACAUGUUCCGGAACACGGAGUCAAGCAGACUAACAGUUGUCAUCUGUGCCCAGAAGAGUUUGAUGAUGCAUUCGCUCUGCAGGGUCACAUUGAUGCCCAUGAGUUAGCCUCCAGUGUGAAACGUUCCAACAGUCAUGGCCUGAAGUUUGAGUGUGACGAACGCUAUGGCAGUCUGUCCCAACCACGCUACAGCUGUGACGUCUGCACUGUAGAGUUUGCCGAUGAAGCCGUCCUCACUGAGCACGUAGAGAUAGCGCAUUCCUGUGAAUUGCACAGUGCCGACAAGAAACCGUUGAUGAACAAACAUUGUCUCGAUGUCUCUGGGGCAAUAGGCGCUGCUGAUUGCGUAAACGAAUUACCGUCCUUUUACAACUGCACCCUCUGCCCUGAGAGCUUCAAGGACUCAUCCACCUUCACUGAGCAUGUCCGGGUCGCACAUUCGUGUGAGCGGCAGAGUUCGGACAAGAAGCCGUCGAUGAGCGAGCGUUUCAAUAUCACUGCCAGGGCAACGAAUGUCGAUGACUCCGUAGAUAAUUUGUCAUCCGUGAGAGCCUAUGAUUGCAAACUUUGCCCCGAAAGCUUUGAGGAUGCAUCAAGCCUUGUGGAGCACGUCCGAAAUGACCACCCUAUGUGCCCUGAUGAAGAAAAGGAGAAUGCACGUUGCCAUGAACGCGCAUUUGCGAAGGUGGUGGCUUGCCAUACCAAGAAGCCUAACCCCGUUCGCCAUGCAUGUCACCUCUGUCCAGAAGAGCUUGACAACAGUGUCAGUUUGCAACAGCAUGUCUGCAUAGCACACGGCACCAUUGCAAAGCAUUCAGACACGAAGUCCCUUGGUUCAAGCAAACAAACCAACUCGAAGAAGCGCCAUUCUUGUGAUCAGUGUUCUAAAGGCUUUCGCUCAAAGGGCCACCUGACUCGGCACCUGGUCACGCACACGUCGAAGAGGCCGUUUGAGUGUCAUCUCUGCCCGGCGACGUUCUCCCAGAAGGGUAUCCUGCAGCGCCAUGUGCACAGGCACGUCGGCUACAAGCGGUUCAGUUGCCCACAGUGCGCCAAGCGGUUUGUUGUCAAGGCCGAAAUGCGGAUCCACUUGCGUACGCACACGGGUGAACGGCCGUACACCUGCGAGCAUUGCUCGGCUGCAUUCUCUGCGCGCGACAACCUGAAGAAGCAUGUGACCACUCACACAGGUGUUAGGCCUUUCACCUGCGAGCAGUGUCCCAGGUCAUUCCUCAGGUUUCAGGAUCUGAAACGUCACUCGCGGAGGCAUACAGGCGAGCGGCCCUUUGCCUGUACAUCGUGCCCAAAGACAUUCACACGUGGGAAUCUGCUCCGAGACCACGUUGAAGCUGCCCAUCAUUCUUGAACUCAUCUGUGCAGUUGCUGGGUAAUAUACUGAGGUAGACUGACAGGAUGGCACUUGUCUGAUAUGCUGAACGGACCUGCUUAGUAACUGAUGAAAUAAAGUGUCUUGUGGUAUCUUGAGAAAGGAAAAA